UUGGAUAGCUCCAAUCGUCUACGCGAGUUGAGAUCGAAAAACGUAAUAUCUGACAGUACCUCGUACAGUCGUACAGGACAGUCAUAGUACAGUGUUUCAGUAGUAAUCGUGUAUCUCCAGCAGUGGUAAUGAAUAUUAUUGUUGAUUGAAAUGUGAUCGCGCAAAGCGUUUCGCAAUUCAAAAUCAAACAGCAUUGACUUGUGUAAGACACUUUGCAAUUUAGUUCAACAGCCCCGCGAUGAACCUAUACGGACCGUGCAAUCUGUACAAUUAUUAUUGAUGUGAUCGUAAAUUUCGUUAUUUUUCGAGAUCACUGGUGCUGCUGCUGUCAAGGAUAUCUUUUUUACACGGGAUCGGGACACCGCGGAACCGCAAAUGCGAUGGAAGACUACAAAUUCCUCUUCAAAGUUGUUUUAGUUGGUAAUGCGGGGGUGGGAAAAACAUGCUUAGUAAGACGAUUUACUCAGGGGCUCUUUCCCCCUGGUCAAGGUGCAACGAUUGGGGUUGAUUUUAUGAUCAAAACCGUCGAGGUAGAAAACGAGAAAGUUAAGCUACAAAUUUGGGACACGGCUGGACAAGAAAGAUUCCGAUCGAUCACCCAAAGCUACUACAGAUCAGCGCACGCUUUAAUUCUAGUUUAUGAUAUUUCUUGUCAGCCAACUUUCGAUUGUCUUCCCGACUGGCUACGAGAAAUCGAAGAAUACGCCAGCAACAAAGUACUGAGGAUACUAGUUGGUAACAAAAUUGAUCGUGAAGACAGAGAAAUACCAACGCACGUCGGAGAAGACUUUGCGCAGAGACACAGCAUGUACUUUUUGGAAACAUCUGCGAAAGAGGCUGAAAACGUGGAAAGACUCUUCAUGGAAAUUGCUGCUGAGCUCAUGGAACAAGCACGGAGCAAGGAAUUACCGAGGUACGAAACAAACGCCACUUCAAUUAAUGGUAAAACUACUUCAAUAGGCGACAGCAGUAAUUGCAGUUGUAGCCGACUUACUUAAUCUUGUGGGAUCGAAUUGUUUUCGACAACUUGUUCCCCUAUUACUGCAUCAUCCAAUCAAUGGCAACUGAAAUCCCUUGACAUACUAGAAGUAGCUUGAUGAAAAAAGUUGCAACGUUAAUAACCAUUUACACUCCACUUGAUAGCAUUUCAAGCCUGUUGAUUUUAUACACAUAUUAAAUCUAUACAUACAUAUAAUAUGUACCCAUUUUAAAAAAUUUUCACCUCCUUUGAAGAAACUAAAGCAAAACAAACAAACAAAUGAUCAAACCCAUUGAAGCUCGUGUAGAUAAUGUCUUCAUAGUACAUUUUAUCCUUUUGUUGCAUAAUUCUGACGAUUGCGUCUCUUUCUUGCUUGUACUUAUAUUUUGUUACAUACCCAAAUCAAAUGCGUGAAGUGUCCGUAUGAAAAAAGUAGCAUGCCACAGUUUUCGAUCGUUCAAAUGCAGGUUGGGCAUUGGAAUUUGUAAAUACAAACUUGUAGGAGCCAAACGCUGUUAAAUUUGAUAAACAGUUGAUUAAUUAUUUAAGUUUCCAUUGAGAUUUUAAUAUCUAGUUAUUGAUUUAUCGUUAAUUUUUACCAUUAAGGCUAUACUCAUUGUACAAUUAUAUCAUAAUUACCUGUUGCAAAUAUUACCUUCGUUGUAAGCUCUCAGGUUACUCAAUUUUCGUGCAUCACAGUCUAGUCUGCAUGUUUACUUUGUAUAAUUUGAACAGUAUUGAAUAUAGCUCAGUGUUUCGUUUACGUACCUAUUUUUUUUCUUCUACAUUUAAGGUAGCUAAUUCGGAAUAACUAUCAUCUCUCUCGUCCAAUAUUUCUGAUAAUUUGCCUAAUCAUAACAUGGUUUUGUUUGGUUUGAUCGACUCUGCGAACGGUGAUUAGUUACAAAUGACUUACAGUUGGUCAAAGCUGAUUAAAGAAGCUAACUGGAAAUUCCAAGUAAAUACAAGCAGUCAAUUAAUAUCAAGUAAUUUUUUAUCAUAAUACAAUAAGAUAUCGACUUUCGAUCACACUGCAGUAGUUCUAGAUCAUCUGAACAACUAUUGCAAGCUUCCGAAAGACUAUCAUAAUAAAGGAAAGAAGGUGCGGCCAAGCUAAGAAUCAUCGCACGUUUCAUACUAUAAUAUAAUAAUUGUAAACAGCUUCACAGGAAACAGAAGUUAAUAAAAAAAUGUUGCGUUUCGUGACAAUUUGGUCCUUACUUUAACAUAUAUAUAUCAAUUACCGAAACAUUUUUCUCACACCAAAUUCGCGCGUUGAAUAUAAUUUAUUGUAACCGUAGUGAAACGAGAAAACAAAUAAACUGGCAAAGAAAGGUAUGGGUUUGGGCCAUGCUAAUGAAAACAUAUCAAUUCACUUGUCAUUUAUCUCUACAUAUAUAUGGUGUAAUUCCUAUGAAAAUCAUAGUGUGAUAAAUGGCAGUAAAUGAAAGAAGACUUCUAAAUAGAAUUCAUGAAUAAAAUGGGUUUACAGGUUGCCAGAAAUUUCUUUAAUAGCUGUAACAUAAAAUAUUCGCUAUGUCGUAUAACGAUGUAUCACGAGGAAAUUCUCAGCAAGAAAUUUAAAAUUUUUUCGUAAUACAAACACACUAUAUACUGUAGUUAAUUUUCAUAUAUCACCGACUGAACAGUGAUAGAAUUUAUGUACUAAGGCUCUGUACUUAAUUCGCUUUAAACAUAAAAAUGAUGGAUUUAUUGACGAGAAAAUUGAAAAUUGCCAUUAAUUAAUGAAAAAAGAACGAAACUUGAAACACGCAUUGACUUAGAAGUCUAGUUAUAAAGUACGAUCAAAUUGUUUUAAUAUUUGAUGUAUACUCCAUGUUUAGUUAAUGUAAAUAAUCAAAAACAGCUUUCAUAGUUGCGUCCGCGUGUGCGUAGCAUCAGCAUGAGCUUCUCCCGUUAGUAAUAAUCAUACAUGAAUCGAAGAAUAUUGAAGUUUUUCAAAUUGUCAAUAUUCUUACUAUUUAUUUAUGCCUUUGAUAAUUUAUUCACAGCAAUUGGUUGUUGUUGUUGUUAUUGUUGUAUUGACGUAUGGAAACUGAUUGCGAACUUAAUAAUAAGAUAAUAACCAAUAGAUGACAUUGCGUGUAAUAUUGGUCCACAGUUUUUUUUUCUCUUUUGUAAAUAUGCUUCACAUUAGACAUUAAAUGGCUUAGAAUUCACUUGCAUAGCUGAUAAUAAUUAUCGUUUUGCUAAACGAUAAUUCGACGCAAGAAAAAACAGCUCGUGCAAUAAAUAUUAUUAUUGUUAAGUACAUGCAAACGUAUACCUAUACCUACACAUCUGUGUCCUGCAAUUGUAAGUAAAAAUCAGUACUCAUUGUAGUACCGCAAACCACUUACUGUAAAAUGUUAACUGACUUUCUACUCAAUUAGCAUUUACCUGCAUAUACAGAUAUUGUAAUAAAUCUUACUGCAAACGAGUAUUAUUAGAAAAUUCUUAUUCGGCACGAAGAAAUGAAAAGAAAAUAUAUGAAAACAAAACGACUGCUAGAUGAUUAUUUGCAAACUACAAAUAUUUAUAAAGAUAUCUCUGCACUGCUUUAAAAUGCUAAUAACCAAAUCAAAUUGACCAAUAUCUUGUAAUUUAUUUAAUAAAAAUUAAAAUCAACCUACCGUGAUAGUGUUACAAUUUAUAUUCAAAUAAAUAUCUAUAUCUCCAUAUUAAGCACCCCCAUUUUGUGUUGGCUGGGUUUGCGGGCUAUUCUCAUUACAUUCGAAAUUUCACUUAGGAUUAUUGGAUUGAUUAAAACUCGUCAUUCGGUUAUCCGUUGAUUCAUUAUUUCUAUAUUAUUUGGGUACUCAGACUACAUUAUCUAAGAUUGUGUAAAUCUAUCAACAAAUUAAUUAAAAUCAAUUGAAAAAAUACGUACACUUACAAUUAAAAAAAAAAAAAAUUACGUAUAAUUUGAUUUCUUGACGCAAUAAUGAAGUUUACUCUAUUUCAAGUGACAUGUAUAACACUGUAUCAUAAAAAUAAAUAGGUAACAACUUACAAAUAUAAUCUCAAAAGAUAUUUGGAAGUCGAGAAAUAAUUAUUUAUUCUAAGAACAUUUCACAUUUUUCUCUGUAAAACUAUGAAUACAUGAUGUAUAUUUUUGUCCAGUCUUCAUACACUUGAUAUUCUUUGUAACCAAAUAAAAUCUCUCAACUGAA